AGAAUUUCUGCAGGAAGUUGAAACCAGUGCACUGAAGGCCAUCGCCAGGUAAGGUUUUGCCACGUAAUUCUUCGAUUGCAUCAAACAGGACAUGAUAUGUUCAUGUAGCUUUCACUUUGAGUCUUUUGAACCACAUCCAUAUUGUAUACUCGUCUCAUUCUGUCAAGCUGAUCUCUGUUUGUUGCUUUUGUCUUCUUGUUAAAUAGAUUAGCUGGGCCUGAGCAGAGAGAUAUUCACAUAUGCUGCUUGUAAUUGAUGUGAUUGUUGUUAUUUUUUAACUGUUACAUUAAAGUAUAUUAGAGGAAAAUAUACUGCCUUAUGCGCUCUGCUACAACUGUCUAAAAGCCAUUGCUGGGCUCUCGAGUGACUCGGCUAAUUUAUGUCAUAAACAGAGGAUAAAAUCAUCCUUUCUGAAAAGAUUAAACCUUCCUGCCAUGUGAGGUGCUUGGAGAAAAUCAAAUAUAAUCCCUGACAGCUGCAGCAUUAAAGUAAUCGUUGUGUAUUAAAGCUCCUGUGUGUAACUUUAGGUUUGUGUUGACUUUGGUGCCCCCUGAGGACAAAGUAGGAUAAAUUAUGUCUUUGGUGGUUUAGGUGCCCACAAGCGAUUAAGAACGGCCCAAAAAUGAUCAGUCCUGUUUGCGAUGGUCCACUUUGCUUCAUAAAUAGGCAUCAGAAUUAAUUAAGUCUGUGUCGUAGCUGGAAAAAACUCCUCACAGGAGCUUUAAUGCAUCUGCAAUUUCAGCCCCAUAUAGUUUUCACAUAUUUUAUCCCUAAAUUAAUUUAGUUUUUAAUAUUUACUUGAACUUUUAAUUCUAAGCAAAAGUUAAUUAUUUAAAGGGAUAUUCCGGCGUAAAAUUAAUUUAGGGUCAAACACACCGUAACACGGAGUUAGACACCCCCUCAAGAGAUGAAUGCUGCCGACCGCUUGCUUCUCUAGUUAUACCAACUUUAGUAGCGACCGCACAAUAGCAAUACACAGCAGUCUGAGGAGCCAUACACAAACCUUAACCAAAAAGCCACUGUAUAGCCACAAAUAAUGUUCAGAACAGCUCUACAACAGAACAUACAGGGUCCCAGCCAUAGUACUAGCCACCAAACAUUUUUCUUUAUCAUUUCCUUGAAGUAAUAAUCACCAUAUUAAUCAUUUUGCACUGCAGACACCGUAGUUCUUCUGCCUUACCGUCUCGGUCUGAUUGCAUUUCCAUGAAGAAAUGAUCAUAAAUGUUCUUCCUUGAGCUGCGUCACCCCACAACAGUCCGUAAUGGACUGGCCCGAAGUCUUGCUACAAACAAGCGGCUGCUGGAAGAGAGUAGGUGAGUUGUGUUUAGUCUCUUUGUUAUAGAAAUCAGGCAAGUCAAACAGUUGUUUGGUGGCUAGUGCUGUGGCUGGGACCCUAUAUGUACUGCUGAUGAAGUUAGGUGCUAUUCUGAAUACUAUUUGUGGCUAUAGAGUGGCGCUUUGGUUGAGGUUUGUUGAUGGCUCCUCAGACCACUGUAUAUUGCUAUCGUGCGGUCGUUACUAAAGUUGGUACAACUAGAGAAGCAAGCUGUCGGCAACAUUCAUCUCUCGAUGGGUUGUCUAACUCGGUGUUAUGGUGUGUUUGACCCUAAAUUAAAUAAUGUGAGUAAAAAUAAAAUAAAUUAUUAAUAAAGAAAGAUUUAAAAAAAAUUUCAGUGUGUUUCAUAGACAAUUAAAAAUCUCUUCCAGGAGCUUUAAUUAUCAUUAUGAUGUUUUGUGGCUUUUCCUCGAUCACUCUGUCAUUUCUGUAUCAUUUCUACCAAAAUGAAACUAACAGUUGAUGUUUUGUAAUCCCUUCACAAUGAUGGAGUUAACUGUAGAGGGAGAGAGUAAGCGCAGGGGGGCGUGUCUGCUGUCAGUGGUCACAUGACCCGGAAAAUGUGGGGCUUGAUUCCUGUGUUGGACUGCUCCCAGCUGCUGAAGCUCUGCCCUUCGCAGUGCAAGCUCUCCAUACUCCCCAUCACGACCCCCGCUCCCCGGGCGGACUCUCCUCAACGCACCAUGUCGGGUAAGAAACCCAGAGGCACCGGCUACACUCUCAUCCGCCACACCGACUCCGGAACCAGGCCAAAACGGACCGGACCGGGGCUGCGCGAACUACCCUGUUCUCACGGAAUAUCGCGAAUUUAGGAUUUUAAACGCUGCAGAAAUAUUCAGCAAAUACACAAAAAAAUAUUUACUUAUGGAGAGAUAUGAGUCGAGGCGUGUUAAUGCUGGUGUAUUUGCGUUGCUGUGUCCUUUUUAAGGGUUGUGAUGCGUUUAAUUUUACGACUUGCUGCAGCGGUUUGGACCACAGUGAAGCUAUCGACGAGAUAUAAAACAACAUCCGGUUAAAAAUUUCAAAAUAAAACAGUUUUAAAGCAACUAGUGUUGAGUCAUAAAACAGUUUAAAAGUACUUUGAAAAAAAAAGUAAAAAGGAAAAGUACUGUAGUCCUUUUUAAUCUUAUUUUUGGCAAUACUCAUUAACUUCAUGGUGUUCUACUAUUACUUUUUUAUUCGGUUUAUGUCCAUUCUUAAUGCAAAUACUAAUAUCUGACAAAAGUAAUGAUAAAGUCAGUUUUUAAAGCAUAUUUAUAAAAAGAAUAUAUAUCAAUAGUGAAACUCUUUAAAUUAACUUCUAGAAGUUUUUGUUAUUUCUCGUCAUUUCUCGUACGUUUUUGUAAUUUAUGAGCCAACAUCACCAACGUAACAAGUAUAUUUAGCAACAUGAUGGUGGUAGAUAUCAGGCAGGCUCUAAAGUUGGGAUCUGAUUACUCAGUCCACAGCCUAAGUUAUGUCAGAGUGGAAGUGGGAGAUUGAGACACAGUUCAGGGGAAAUUACUCAUAUUGCAUCACCUACGUUGAUGAUUUCUUCAUCUCACUUUUUUGAUGCUUAACUUCGCCCUGCAGAGCAUGAAACUGAGAAAACUCUGUCUGUUUUAACAACAGGUGGAGAACAAUAUAGAUCAUUUUUGACCACGUAUCGGUGAAUAUGCUGAAAAUGUCAAACUGUCCCUGUAAAAUGACAGUUGCACUAUUACAUAACAGGUCGAUUCUUGCAUAAGAGCCCUGAAGUAAAAUAACAGAAAAGCAGUUUUUUAGUAUGAAAUGAUUUCAGUGGAAAAACACUUACACAUACCAAAUGAUUCAUCAGCUUGGCGGUUUUUUAUAUGGCAGAAACUUUUGGUAUGUUUUUAUUGUCUUUUUUCUACGUUGUCUAUCAUGGAAAAAAAAUUGUAAACGUUUGGUUGGUUUGGAAACAUCACAUUAAAUAAAAAAACAAUUAAAGGCUGUUUUCUUUAUUCAAAACUCGUAUUAAAUAAAUCUGUAAAAACUUAUUUAGUGAUAAAUUGAGCUUUCAAAAUUUAAAAUUGUACCGCUGAUAAAAGUCUUUGGUUCAAAUUUUUAUUAUGAUCACCUGUUGAAAAGUAACAUCUUCAAUUAAUUUAGAAGUUUCUGUAAAUAUCUUAGAAACCUUUUUGAUUUAAAAGUUGAGUUUUAUUUUGUAAAGAAGACAGUAUGUACUUCCUGUAUUAAUGCGGUGCUUCUGAUCAACUUGAUGGUUGUUGCUCGGUGCGUACGUGCGACAGUGUGUGUUGCUGAGUUUUUUUUCACGGACACUAUUAGAGCCUGAGUGUCACACUUUUUUAUAGAGCGAAAACAUUUGCUCAGGACAAAGAAAGAAACCGGGAGAGAAACUUAUUAAAAAAAAUAAAAAAACAGCUGCCUGAAAGCUCUUGAAGAAUAACAUAUCCUAUAUCUGCAUCUAAGGAACAAUAAAUACAGCUUUUAAUGGACAUUUACUUGCAAUCUUGGUGGAAUUUACAGCUAAUUUGAUGCCAAGAUAUGUACAAAUAUUAGAUUUUUCUUUAUUAUUAACACAAAUCAGAAAAAAAGUGAACUGAAAACUAAAUAAUUAUUAGUAAUGUGUAAAGAAAAGAAGAAACAGAUUUUGAAUAAUGAUGUUGUGGUGAAAAAAGUGCCUUUUUGAGGUGAUCUGGUGUAUAUAUCAUGUGGCUGUCUAGAUACAAGAACUCUGUGAACAGAGCACAGCCCAUGCUUCCUGUACGGCCUUGAGGACCAAACGGGCCUCUCACUCUUUUGAUAGUCACUUUUUAAUUCCUCGACAUGGACCCUAGCAACCGUUUAGCACAGCCCCUCUGAUCGGGUUUCCCAGAAGCCCCUUGUGACCCACACUUGGCAUGAUGGAUUCUGUCUGCUGGCUCCGGGCCUACUCUCACUCGGGUUUGCAACACAGUGUGCCUCCUGCUGUUGUUAAUAUAUGCAUGAUUUUGAGGGGGGGGGGGGGGGUUUCAUUAGACAAUAAACUUCCCACAAUCGAGCCUGCAGAUGGUUACUGGUUCAUGUUGUGCACGCUUGAUGCUUGAACGUUACUAGCAUCUAGUUUCUGAUGCUGCUGUCGUGGCAACAAGGAACAAAAUGUUUCAUCACUGUUAUACUCGCAUCAUGUGAGCUUACCCCUCCCUGCUUAGGUUGAGGUUGAUUAUAUACCAGACACGGACGAUAAUGACAAGACAAACUGUGUUUGUGGUGCGCGUCUUCUCACCCCUCCUCGUGCGGGUCAAGGUUGUUUAUUUUUAGUCAGCAUCUUGCAUACCUUUGUUUGCAGGACAAAGGGCUCUUGUGGCAAAGUUUGCAAUGUUCUGGUGACAUCUAGGUGAAAAACAAUACCUUAAUUUAGGCCUCAGGGUCACAUUGUUAGAGAUUAUGUAAGAGGGAGCAUGAUCAGAUAGAAGUAUUCGGUUUAAUUACAUUAAGUUUGUAGAGGGGUGAAAAAAUAUUGGUACAGUAUUGGAAUAUUUUUACACGGAUUCUCUUGUGGUAUAAAAGUAAACAUUUUUCACUCAGAUGGCUCUCUAAAUAUUUAGUUUGCCAAACAAAACCCUUAAAAGUUUAUCUCUUACUAUUUCUCAUUAUGAGCUAAUAUUAGGUAUCAUUCCUGUAACUCUUUUUCUUGUAAUCUGAACUUUAAAUGUUAUUUUUUAUCAUGUAAUCUUUGACGUAAAAAGAACUUACUGGCUUUCCUGUGUCACCUGUUUGGCUUCACACUUGAGGUUUUUGUCUGAGGCUGUUAUGAAUAGUCUUCUUUUCUGGGGGAAAAAACCUGAGAAAACACAUUUCAUUGCACUGACUCAGUUUUCUCUUGUGUUAUUUAUCAGUUAAACAGAGCUGCUUUCUAAAGCGGCUGUCAGUUUCACCAAGGCGCCUCAGAUUUCUGUGAUAUAUUUGGCGAAUUUUCUGGAAUUACGCACCGUUUUGGAUAACCUUGGGAAUCAAACAGACUUAUUUUGUGAGAAAACUUUCUUGCAUGCCUAAGUUGAACAUCGAGCUAAGAAUAUUACGCUUUCCUUUGAAGGUAUUCUCAUCCAAUUACAAAACCUUAAUUUAGUCUCAUUAAAAAGUAGGGCAACCAUGCAAGUGUUCGCCGUGGACUAAUAAAGACAAAAGAGACAAAGUAUUGAUGCUUACAUAAUAACCAGUUUUAUUUAAUUGAGGCGACGGCUGUGUCUUUUUCCAAACAGACCAAGCUUUUGUGACGCUGGCCACAACGGACAGCUACGCCAAGGGAGCCAUGGUUCUCGGCCAAUCGCUACGAAAACACAACACAACCAGGAAAUUGGUUGUUCUCGUCGGACCUCAUGUUGCAGAGCCUUGCAGGUAACUGGCAUUACUGAUUAAAAACACAAAUAUAAUAUACUAUUAUGAUAUGAUAUGAUACCAAGUCCACCGUCUGUGUUGCAGAGAAGUACUAGGCUCCAUUUUUGACGAGGUGUGCUCGGUGGACGUCAUGGACUCAGGCGACGCAGUUCACCUCGCCCUGAUGAAGAGACCAGACCUUGGAGUCACAUUCACCAAACUGCACUGCUGGACUCUCACACAAUACAGCAAGUGUGUGUUCAUGGACGCAGACACACUGGUGAGGGAGAAAAGAAGACUUCUGAGUCAUUUGUCAACUUAAAAUUGUGUAUUUGUUUCAUUAAAUUUCUUCUCUACAGAUUUUAGAUUUAAAAAAAAAGUUUGACCCACCUGAAAGAAUUGACAAAGAGUUUUGAUUCUGAUUUUAAAUAUCUGAAAUGUUGAAGUGUAUCUGCUUCAGACCUCUGCAUUUUACAGCGAAUAAAUACCGUGGAGGUGCUGAUACGUGACACUGAAUCAAGCCUGAAAUAACAUCUAUCUGAACGACAUUCAGGUGCUAUCAAAUGUCGAUGAGCUCUUCGAGAGAGAGGAACUAUCUGCAGCGCCAGAUCCAGGCUGGCCGGACUGUUUCAACUCUGGGGUUUUUGUCUUCAGUCCGUCCAAAGAGACGCACGAGAAGCUGCUGACGUUCUGCGGUGAAAAUGGCAGCUUUGACGGUAAGAGGUCCAAAACUUUGUUUUCUCCCUUAGAGGCUUACAAAAGUUAAUCAUUAUUAAGAGCGAUAUAUGGGAUUAACAAAAAAAUGCAGGUUUGUGUUUACCUUAGGAGACAGGAACUAUGUGAUAUCUGGAAGAAAAGUAAAGAAAAAAAGGUCCUGAUUGAGUUUUUGUGCUUGUGUAAUUUAGGUCACUGAGGUUAAAGUCAAAUUUUUAUCAACAUCAGAGAAUUGAGUUAAAGACAUUUGAUAGAAAAGCUAAAAUUAGCGAGAGGGAUGCAGGAACGAAGCGGGUAUUAGUUCUCAUACUGAAGCUUUAGGCUAACAUUAGCGCAGGACAUUUUCCCAGAGCAGUUUAAAACAUUUUGGCAAAUUCAUAACUAUUAAAAGUUGUCAGAAUAAUAGUCUGUAAUAAUCAGUCUCCUUUUAGUUUGAAGUUUGCUUGAAGCUUUGUAUCAGUUUUGGCGCCCCCUGUGGACAGUUCUUAUCUUGUCCUCUGCUUGCUUGAGUAGUGUCUCAUCCUGCUGACGCCUGGCUGUCAAAUUUAUCAUUGAUUGUAAAUAUUUUAUGUUGAAAUUGUUUAAAAAGGGCUGUUUCUUCUGUUCUUCUGUUGCUUCACUGACGCCUACCCCCUCACUCUAAUUUAGUCCAUUAAAAAUGAGGCUGUACAGAUCUUCAAAGUUGUUGCCGACGUUCUUGUUUGCUUUUGGAUGUCAUAAAAAAACAUCAAUAUAAAUUUAAGUCUAUUUCAUGAACAUCAAAAAACUCCUUAUAGGAGCUUUAAAAAGUUAAUCCAGUUGGUAAUAUUUUAUCUUGCGGAUCUUAAAGGUGUAUGUAGAAGUUGUAUUGUGAAAGGUGAUUGUAUUAGCGUGAGAAAUUUGGUGUUUUUUUUCCACAAAACUGGGAACAAUCAGAGUGUUUUAAAAGCCAGAAGUUUGUGGACAGUGGUAAACCUCCAAGGGUUAAUAAUCAACCGUGUUAGUUUGCAUCAGAAAAGAUAAACCUUGUUCUGAAGCUUCAACUUCCCUGUGGAUAAAACCUCUCAUCUCAUACCUGAAUUCGUCUUGUGUUUGUGUAAGAAGUGAUUUCUAACCAAAAAAAUCUGAAGUAUGCAGACCAAUAAUCCAUGUGGAGAGCAAAGUCGUAAUCCAAGAACCUGUCAGCUGGUCUCUGAUGACAUUUAAACUUCUAUCAGUCGCUCUUCAAACAGAAACCUGCAUAUGAAAGCAUUUCACAGUUUUCUUAGCCGAGUCUCUUCUCGUGCCUCAAAUUGCCAAUCCGACUUAAAACAAUGACCACUGCACGGAAUGGGAAGGCUUGGCCCGGAUAUCUGUUAUCAGUUUUCCGGAUAUCUGCCGGCUAAGCUGGAAGCAGCUGAAACUUUGGCCGGGGUCCCAAAGGGUCUAAUCAUCAUCAGAUGACGAGUUUCACUGAGCUUUUUUUGAACUCGCAAAUUCUGGAGUAAACCGCCGUCCACUGUUUAUACGCCGAGGUCGGCUGCUUGAAGGGCUAAAUAAUGAUAAUAAACCCUAGAAGUUUCUGCAGCCCUUCCUUACCCUCACACACACACAGAAUAAAAACCACACACACAUUCAUACAUGUGCCCUAAUGUCAACCCUGACUCAGUCGAACCGUGUCCUCACAGCGCCUGUUCACCCCUGCCCUUUAGCGGCUACUUAACACCAUGUUGCAUACAUGUGCCAUCUGUUCAUGAGUGUAUGAAUGGAUAUCCUUUGUGGGAGUGUAAAAGAUGUGUGUGUGUCUACGUGUGGGGUUAUUGUGUCUAACAAUGAGGAAUGUGCCACUCAUUUUUCUUUUCUUUGUGGCUCUGAUUUGAUCCUUUCUUUUUUUUCAUAUCUGUGUAUUUGUGUGUUUGUGUGUGUGUCACUCCACAGGUGGAGAUCAGGGGGUCCUCAACAGUUUCUUCAACACUUGGGCGACGGCGGAUAUUUCCAAACACCUUCCCUUCAUCUACAACCUCAGCAGUAUCGCCAUCUACUCUUACCUGCCAGCUUUCAAACAGUCAGUCAUAAAUCACACACACACGAUACACACACAUGUGAAACACAUUCAGGCCACUGCGGGUGUCUUUGUGUGUUAAUAUGUAGCCGCUUGUGUAGAUUUCAUAGCUUCACUUGUGAAAGGUUGUGGUGUUUGUGUGUCAGAAGGCGCAAAGCUUAUCCAAGGUCAGUUCAAAGGUUGUGUAUUUGUGUGUCUGUGGCCGGGUGUUGGAUUACAAGAGGCUGCUGAAAGUUGCAGCGAGCUGGUCAGUGGACACACACUCACACACACACACACUGAAGGGGAGGAGAAAAGCUCCUGAAGUUAAACUCUUUCUUGUAACUCUUGUGGAUUUUGUGGAUUUGAAGUUUAGACGUUUAGUUCCCUGCUCAAGUGAAGGAGGAUACUUUAUUUUGAAAUGUGUUGGGGACUUGUUAAGUUUAUAAAAAGUAAGUAAAAGGGAGAUGGAAACAGCAGCAGGCCAAGUCCCACACAGGCUUUCAACAAACCCUCAAGUUUGGCAGACUUGUUUUGGAAAAACAAAACAAAACAGAGUCAGCCGGUAAAAUUAGAAUCCAAACUCGUGAUGUGGACAUCAAUCUCAGAACACAGACUACUUCCUGGUCGGGUUCAUGCAGUCCCCCUCUGCCAUGAGGGAUUCUGACAAGCAUUUCCUUUGCACAAACACGUCCAUAUUUACCCUCUGUUGACAUGGUUUACUUUGACGGCCGACACUCCUAUUUCUUCUGGACUUUGUAAUCAUGAUGUGUAAACACCGAGGCGUUUCAAUGGCCCGUUUCAAAGAACCAUGUCUGCACAAAUGUCUCAGGUGUAGAUUGCGUUUGAUGGCAGCAUCCUGUUUCAUCAAUUUUUACCACUCACGAAUUGAAGACGUUGCUUACGAGCGAUCUUGCAAAAGGUUUGUAGUUUGGGAGAAGUUUGAAAGUAAUACAGGAUUUCCUUUACUCAAAAGUUUGUAAAUGUGUUCUCAGAUGUUUUCAAAGGGUGAAAAUCCAGGCGGGCAGUUCAGCACAGGAACCGUGCUGUUGUAAUCUGUGUGAAAUGUAGUUUGGCGUCUUCUUGGUGUAUUAUGCAAGGCCCCCCCUUUAGAAAAUGCAUUGUCUGGUAGCCCGUAUACCGUAUUUUUCGCACUAUAAGGUGCACUUAAAAUCCUUUUGGCUUGUUGGAGCACUGCAGCUACUGUAGCCUGGCGGAGUUAUUGAAUGAGUUAAAUAAAGUUUGACUUAUCUGACUGUUUUGUUUGGUUUAAUGCGCUUUAUAAUCCGGUGCGCCUUAUGUAUGAAAUAGACGCAAACAGACGCGUUCAUUGAUGGUGCGCCUUAUAGUGUGAAAAAUACGGUACUGCAUAUUCCCAGAUAUGUGAACUACCCCUACCAGGAGCACUUCUGCUUCUAUAUAUCACCAGUGUCCCCUGAUAGAAAGUGGGGAAACAUCCAUGAAGUGCAUCUGAUUACACCGCUUUACUCUGUUGUCCCCUUUUGAAUAAAGAUUUUACAUUUUAUACUUUUGAUAAUGAUGAAUUAACAAAUUCUCAGCAAUUUUACCCCUGUUCUGAAAUUGUUAAACUAGUCGCUACUUCUCUGAAAGGGCCUUUUUAAACUCAGUCAUUAUUAUCACCAGUUACAUAUAGGGUUGGGUAUCGAGAAUCGAGAAUCGAUGGGAAUCGAGACUAAAACUUCGAUUCUUCUGGUAUCGUUCAAAUAUAAAAAUUUCGAUUCCAAGUUUCGAUGCCGGAGUCCGCCGACCGGAAGAAAUAGCCGCCGAAAAUCGACGAAGAAGAAGCCGCUUAACACCAACGAGGACGGAGCGUAUGAGACGAAGCUACACAGAAAGUGAAGAGAGACAGAGAGAGAAAGUACAUUGCAACCCACAGCAAUGCAGCCGCUGUGGGUUACGAUGUAAUCUCUCUCUGUCUCUCUCCUCUCUCUGUGUGACUUCGUCUCAUACGCUCCGUCCUCGUUGGUGUUCGGCAGCUUCUUCUUCGUUGGUCAAAAGUUUGGCUAACUUUAGCAGGAAGAAUGAGCUCUUAUCUCAAUGCAACAUUAGCAAUACAGUUAUAUCAUGCAAAGGAGGGUAAACGACAAACAUGAUUAAACACCUCAUGAUUCAUGGAGGAGAAAUACCCGAGUGCUCGUCUUUGACGCGCUUCGCCGGUGUUAUGCCAUAGAAUGCACCCCUGCUGUUGAAUGCACCCCUGACGGGAGCGCGGUUGAAAGUACACAACAAGGCGAAACAAUCCAAGUUUUCCUUACCGUUGAACGGAAUCUAAAGCGUGUGCCUUUAAUGAUUUCAUUCAGGCUAUUCAGAUAUGCCGAAAACAACAGCCCUCUGAUUCUGAAUAUUUACUGUCCGGAAAAUAUAAUGUUCUCUACAUUAACAGCUGACUGUACAGUUUAUAUACCCAAGUACACCUUUAUGUGUGCGUUUCUGAGACACAGAAAAACGAAACGAAAGUUUACUGCUCCAUUUGACAUGUUGUCAUGAUCUAAUACUCGUGUUUUUUUAAAUAUGAGAUCAUUGUCUUCCACUUUAAGAAGCUAAUCAGUGGAGGGGAGGCAUUCUACGGCAGGGGUGCAUUCUACAGCACAACACCUGUCUUCCGCUAACCAGUCAGGAUCAGAUAAGUGAAACAAUAAAUUACUUCUAUCCUCUGCUAACAUUGAAGCGGUAAACAAAUUGCACUGAGUACGGUAGCCCUUGUGCUUUUUCAUAGACAAACGACCUGACAACAAAAAAUGAUAUUUAUAUACUGGUUGAAAAUGUGAGAAAUUCAUAGUAAAGUUCCUAAAAAGUUAAUAUGAUUUAAAAAUUCAUGGAGAAGUUCAGAAAUUACGUCCAAAAAGAAGAGCUCCGGUUAGCGCCCUCAUUCAAACCAUGCUUUUUUUUUUAUGAUAUCCUGCCUUUUAAAAGAAUCGAAAUAAAGAAUCGAUAGGAAUCGAAAUCGAAAUGAGGAAUCGAAAUCGGAAUCGGAAUCGUUCAAAAUCAAACGAUACCCAACCCUAGUUACAUAUAGUUUUGUUAAAUGAGAGACGUUUUAAAUUCUGUUUUUAAAUGAAUUAUUUCACAGCGUCUAACUGUCAUGGUGUUGAUGCUUGUCAGAUUUAUGACCCUGCUCUGAAGCCGCAGCAUUAUUACACCUGUUUUCUCAUAUGAUGAAUGGCAUGUCCUCACAAGUUUAAAUGAUAAACACUCCUUUAAUUGCUUUUGAAAGAACACAAAGCUGCAGAUUCACAAUCCUGCACGGCAGAUGUUUCCCAGCAUUGACAGGAAAAGAGCGGAGUUUAGAUCCUCAAAUUGAAACUGUAAAAAUAAAAAAUCUGUUUAAGUAAUAUUAGGGUCCGACCGAUAAGGAUUUUUUUGGGGCCGAUGCCGAUACCGAUUAAAAUCAAAUUUUUUUUAUUAAGUUAUAAAAUAUAUAUACACUGUAGAUAUCUACAGUAUAUAUACUGUAGGCUACUGCUCUUUACGCCGACAGGAAGACCGACUGAUCAAACUCGUACCAAAAAACAUUUUCAACUCAACCUGCAACAGUGAAGCAAGGCUAAUAGCAGGUGGCUAACUCUAACUUUAGCUUGCACAUUACAUGGUGCUUCACCGUUAACUCGGCGAGACCGAGACCAGCACAGCGGGGAACAUGGUGAAGUGGGUUGAACUGAAACUUGUUGACUUAUUGUGUAUUUCACAAACUGGUUUAUUUACCGUUGAGGCGGACCACUCUCCUCAGUGCGUCCCUGAGCUGCCUGCUUCAGAUCCGUCACUCUGCUGUGCUGUGAGGUAGUUAGUAGAUGAAGAUUGUCAUGAGGUCGCUGCACCAUCUACAAGAUAAGUCGGGGAACUUUUCAAAUGGCGGAACAUUUUCGAAUUCAAGGCGAAUCUUAAUCUCUGCAGUUUAUUUCUGAAAAUAUCUGUGAAAAUCGGCGAGUUUUGGCCGAUUACCGAUUAGUCUCAAACGGACUAAAGUUGGCUGAUUCAAUCGGCUUGCCGAUAAAUCGGUCGGGCCCUAGUUAAUUAUACAACUUGUUUUCUGAUGACUUUCACAUUUUCCUUUUAAAAUGCUCUUAAACUAAAGACAAUAUGAAGCACGCACCACAUUUUGAUAUGGUGGGAAGCACUCGCUUGCCGAUAAAUUGGUCGAGGCCCUAGUAAAUAUGCACAUAUUUGGGGCAAACUAGAGCCCUUGGGUAUCAUGAGGACGAUUUGCCUCAUGGAUUAGACCCUGAGAAGGAGCAGAUAUCAGGUGUAAUCCAAUCUUGGUGAAAAACCCCGAAUAUAAAAUGACUUGAGCAGCUUAAAUGGAGAAAAUGCUGCUGCUGGAUGACACUGUUUAAUCAAAGUUGCCCCAAUAAACACAUCAGAGAAUUUUUGGUUUUAACUGAAAAUAGAAAUUGGUCUGCAUGUAAAAUAACAUUUAAAAAUAGUGUAGUUGCAUGUUAUAAAUGCCAUAACACUUUAUUUUUCUUUUGCCUCCGUCUCAGCCUCUUUUUUCUCCUUUGUUUCAUCACAGGUACGGCCACAACGCCAAGGUGGUGCACUUCCUGGGCAAAGUGAAGCCAUGGAACCACUCCUACGACAUCCAGAAAGGGGAGGUCAGAGGUCACUCCCAGCCCCCUGAGCUGUGCCAACUGCACCCCGACUAUCUCCUCCUGUGGUGGCAGCUGUAUGCCAAAUCUGUGGUGCCUUUACUGCAACGGGCCUACGGGGAGACCUCCCUCAGCAGCGGCUUCUUCGACGCAAACGAGAACGUACGUCGACAUUUUGUGGCGCUUGAUGUAGCGUGAAAUAAGAGCGUUCGGGUCGAGGUGUGGUUGCGGUGUGGUGUGUGAUGUUUAGCCUGUUACAUAAUUAUCAUGUUGGGAUCGCUUGUUUAAAUAUGAACUCUUCUUUCUCCUUCAAACUUGAAACUCCUUCCUGGUGAGUGGAAAAUGUCACAUGUGAAAAUGAAACCUUUUUUCCCCGUCUUGUUUUGAGUUUCAUGUAGUCACAGAAACAAGGAAAAGAGGAUUGGUUCCACAUUCCUCUUUAGCAGUUUGUUGCCAAAAGUCGUCUUUCUACAGGUAUUUCCAGUCCUCUCUGUGGCUUCAUGUCUGUGUGAAUGGCUUUUUCUCCAUAACAAUGCAAACAGGGUGCCAACAGUUUCACAGAGCAGCGUCAGGGAGUAAUUCAACAGUCGUAAAAAGAUUGUGGGGCAAAACCUGAAGCUUUCUCCAACUGCCAUCAUGUGUCACCCUGACAGGUUUACACAAGCAAAGCGAUCGUAAUGGCAAUUUAAUGCUGGAUUACUCUCCUCAUGCUGUUUAUCUAUCUGUUUAUUCACUCAUUUGGUUUGAAGAUGACGGAUGAGGAACAGGUUUGCGAGACAGCGCCCACAGUGGCCAGUGUUUGCAAUUACGAGACAUCGAAGGUACAUUGAAUCUCCUGUUUACCCCAGUGUGAGCAUCAAUCUAAUAAGCCCCCUGACACACAUGCACUUCCCUCCUGAACACAUCCUGACUCUUUUGGAAUGAGAUGAAAUUCUCUUAAAAAAGUCUGGGGUUCAUGUGUGGAAAGGGGCUAAAGUGUGUGAAAGUCCUCGGACUUGCUCAGUAGUGUUACAGUUACAGCGAUAUUAAUGCGUUAACAUUAGCAUCUAUAACCUGCUGCUUCAUGGCCUGUGUCCAUCCAGGCAGCUCUAUAUAAAACCCGCGCUUUUUGGCAGUUCAGAGCUCAGUGUUCUUCGCACAAGAACGCAAAAACGCGCUUAGCAUCGGCUGUUUUUUCUCACUGCAAAGUUAUUAUAGGAGCUGUGGAUUCAGAGUGUUUCUCACCAUAUCGAAAUGUUGUGCGUGCUUCAUAUUGUCUUUGAUUUAAGAGCAUUUUAGAAGGAAAAUAUGAAAGUCAUUGGAAAUCAAGUUGUAUAAUUACUAGGGCCCGACCGAUUUAUUGGCGAGCCGAUUAACAGGAUGGUGUAGUUGGGUAGGGUAGCUUUUCUGGUCCGAGUUUGAUCAGUUGGUCUUCCUGUCAGCGUGAAGAGCAUUAAAAAUUUAAAAUAUCGGCCGAUUAAUUGGUAAUCAGAUUUUUUCCCCCCCUAAUAAUCGGUAUCGGCAUCUGCCCUAAAAAAUCCAUGUCGGUCGGGCCUUAGUAAAUAUACAUGAAAACAUACUAAGUUGCAUUUGUUUCACACAUUUCUGACUAAAAACUUGAGGUACUCAUCAGUUGUAGUCGUAGACUUUGGCAUUUUAAAUAAAACAUUUUUUGUAAGCAUGUUAAUGGUAUAUUUUCUCCACUUUCAAAAUGUAAAGAUUAGUAAAAAAAAAUCAACACAUUUUAGAGGUAGAGCAGUAAGAUAUAUAUAUAUAUAUGCAGUAGCUUACAGUAUAUCUACAGUUUAUAGUAUACUGUAGAUAUCUGCUGUAGAUAUCUACAGUAUAUAUGUAUUUUUUAUAACUUCAUAAAAAAUUUAAAAAAUCUGUCAAUUAAUCGGUAAUUGGAUUUUUCCCCCCUAAUAAUUGGUAUCGGCAUCGGUCGGGCCCUAAUAAUUACCAGACCUGGACAUUACAUGGUUAAUUUCUCCUCUAUACAGACUUUCCCAUUGUUGUUGACAAAGUUGAUUCUGACCGGUCUGUGAUCAAGCUGCAUUAUUCACAUUCCCAGCAGCAAAAGUUGAACUUCUUUAUAAACUGAAAGAGCUGAGAGACCAGCAGCCAAAAUCAGCUGACGAUGAGCAGGAUGUUUAUCACUGCAAAUGUGAAAAUACAUUUAGUUUGAACAUGGAAAAAAAGGUACAAGUCUUUAUGAAAAUCCUGAUUUUUUUAUUUGAGAGAAAGGAAGAGGUUUUAACAUUUUAUGGAAACCAGUGUUCUGUCUUUUCAGUGUUAUUUCUGUCAAGGGCAUUCAACCCUUCUUUAAGUUAUAAACACACUUGGCUUUUUUCUUCCUCGACUGUCUCUCAGCUGUAGUUUGAGCCUCUUGACAAAUCGCCUGCAUUCACUGAUCGGGGCUUUGCUGUCAAAAAGAGAGAAAGCGUAGCUGAGCAUGGCUGGACUGGGGGAAACCUUUCCUUAUAAAGUAUUGCUCUCGUCCCAUUAUAUGAAUCAUUCAUUCUCUCUCUCUCUUUCUCUCUCUAUCUCUCUCUCUCUCUCUCUCUCUCUCAAAAGCAGGAUAAACAUGAGGAUGUGAGCGGUCAGGCGGCUCCCCUCGCUCCUCCUCCCCAGAAAGUUUCAUCCGAGGAAAGGAAGCAGCGCUGGGAAGCGGGCCAGAUCGACUACUUGGGGGACGACUCCUUCGCCAACAUCGCGCGAAAACUCGACUCCUUCUUAAAGUAGCAUUCAAGGAGAGGGAGUGUGACGGACAGAGAGAGCGCCCAGUCAAAGCUCUGUGUGGGUGGGGAUUUAAGCGCUGCUCAGCCAAUCACAGGGGGCUUUGAUGGCAGGUGACUGGAUGAAAGCCUCUGAGCAACUUUGAGCCUUACUCUCUGCAUCCUGUCAGCGUGUGUGUGAGCGACAGAGAGUAUAAUCUGACACAGCUCCCAUGAACCAUUCAGUUUUCUCUCGUGGGAAAAGUCUGACAUUUCAGGAGGUACACUUAUUCACUCUUUCACAAAAGUUCGAUCAGAAGACCCAGAUGUGUAGAAGAGUGUAGAGUAAACAUGAACCUGGCUAACAUAGCUUAUCUUUGGGACUCACAUUACUCAGAAACUUGGUCACUUAGCUUUCUGUACACAAAUCCAAAGGCAGAAAACAUGAAGAUUUUUCCAUAAUCCCGCAGAUGUUAACUAUCUGCCUUGAAUGCUAACAUUUCUGCCUGCGGCCAAUCUAAUGUUUAAAUCCAAUAUUUCCACCAACUGCUACGCUCCUGUCUUUCUCUCUCUCUGAGUUGGAUGUAAACUUUGGUUUUGACCAGGUCAAACAUUUCUGUCAUUCGGGAAAUACCUUUGCAGAUUCAAUAUGGAGCUGUAGUAAAAAAGAUAAUAUGUAUGAUAACAGCAGUGUUUUGAUUUUUCCAUCCAGCGCUCAAAAAAUGAGGCGAGCAUUAGGGCUAGAAAAGACUGAAAGUAGCUUAGUUUGCCUGUUUGCCCUUUUUAAAAGCUCAUUAAUUAACACUUUAAAUCUCAUUUUAUUAAUCAGGGAAAAAACCCAUGUGUAAAAAAUUUAUGUUUAGGUUUUUUAUUGUAACAUUUUAAUCGGUUAGCUAUUUCGCCACAUUUUGCAGGCUGGUAAACUGUCAUGCAUUUGUGCUUUUAGUGUUUUUUUGGACUGCUGGGACAAAAUCUAAAUUGUUUAUCAAUGUUACUACCUGCAAAAAUGAAAGCUACAUAAUUCAAAUAUCACACUUCUCAUUGAAGCUUUUGCUGUGUUGACUCGGAGGUAGAUUGAGGGUGCAGGGCAUGUGGUUACACGUUAUGUGUUGUGUGAUUAAGGGUUAUAAAACAGGCUACAUAAAGCAUUGAAGCUCAUGAUUAUCAAGUUACAUAACCUAAAGCUACUUCAGUCACAUCAGACACUAAUGCUUCAAGUUCGCUUUCUCACUCAGGUGAGAGAACCGGAGAUAAAACAGAGUCAAGCGCACGCCGUGUCGAUCCAACAUGAAGUUUAUUACCUGCACACACCCUGGUGACUGUGUUUUUGAGAGCUUCUUUCUCACCUGUUCCCACACUGCGUGACGAAUACUUGAAGAAACACGACACGCCUGGCCCGUUUUUGUGGAAGUUGAAUCAUCCCAGGCUUGGUGCUGUUUCAGGAAAGAACUUGAAGUAUCUGAGGGUGCUACAUGACAAAGAAUUUUAAGAAGUGUCUGCAUUUUUUCUGAUUUUGCACUAAAAUGAACUCACACGCUGUAUAAGCGACCUGAUGGCGAUGAAAGAGGUGACUGCAGAGGAGUCUGAAUUUGAUUUGUAGGGAGGGUGUGGAUCUAAUUUGCUUAUGGUUUACGAGUUUUGCGUGUAAUGUCAUGUGGGACUCUGGUCUUGACUUGGUCUCGUCUCAGUCUCUGCCCUUUCUGGUCUUGCUCAAAGUGGUCUUUAAUAAGUGUACUUCCCAAACGUCAGACUUUUCCCUCAAGUGUUCUUGUCCAUCUGAUUACACCGGAUUCAGUCUUCCAGCCUUGUGGAAACUUUCAGCAACAAAUCACCAGUUUGGUUCAGCCUGCUGCGGCUGAACCGAAACAAUCGAGUUAGAAGUUGUUCGAUGAAAUUUACCACAUUUCUCUCCUGCAAUAACCCUCUCCAUCCAAACAGCUUUAAAGCAGAUGCUCAACAGCUGGCUCACGUCCCCCUAUUUGGUCCCUUUUCUUCGUCUUAGCCAGCUAUGAAGACCCUGCUUUAUCCAGAUUUCGUAAAGGAAAAAUUACCAUCCAUCCCUGUGCCUCAGACGCUCACCAGCUCCCUUUGACUUCAGCUUCGUAAUGUCCAGUGUUGUAUUAGGGUCAGGGUCGGGCCAGUCUUGUCGCAUUUGCAUGGCACAGAGUUGAAAGAGUGGGUCAGUAAUGAAGUAUUUCCAGCCGCAUCCUGAAGCGAUGUCGAUAAAGAGUCUUGAUGUAUUUAUGUGCUACUCAAACAUAUCGUUUGUAAGCGUGCCCUGCAUGUUCAGUUCCUGCCAAGACCCACAUCAGUAUCCUUGUGCCACGACCUCUUUCAUCAGUUCCCGUCUGUAGUGUUACCAGCUGCCUUAUUGCCACUCACUGUUUACAAAACCUCACUUACUGUAACUGCUGCUAGUAGCACAACAACUUCUCUGAUUGAACUCCUUUCCUGUUGCCUACGCCUUCUUCAUUUCACUCCAGCUGCGUGCCCUUAAUCUAAACUGUAAUCUUCAGCUACUACCAGUGAUACUAAAACUCCCUCCACCCCGUUAAACACACUCCUUCAUGAGGCUGGCAAAGCUGGGAGAAAAGUGUCUUUGUAAUUCUUCUAAUCUGAAAGUAAAGUAGAAUUGUUGAUACAUGGUUUAAUGCAGGUCCAUCAUGUUUCCCAGCUGUAAACUGUACAUCCCUGUACCCCUGAAUAUCUAUUAAAGAACGGGUGAAACCAUC